UUCUUUGAGCAGAGAUAAUGUUUACUUUAUUUCAUUGACACUGUUAUUUUUGUUUUACAGAAUAUCUAUUGGUGAUUUUGCUACGAAGUGAGCUGUUAAAUAAGCAGGGACAUUUCAGUAAUUAUAUGUUUUUUCUCUCUUAUCUGCCAUCGAGAAAAGGGGGAAACCAUGGCAGGGAAACUGCCAGGGGAUCCUUCUCAGCAUGGAAUUGAAAGAAAGGCAACCACAAUGUGCAUACCAGAUGAAGAGUUUCAGAGCUUGACACACAAGUGGUACUUCGGUAGAAAGGAGAUAGAAGAUAAUUCUCCAUCAAGGAAGGAUGGCAUUGACCAUCAGACAAAGUCACGAUUGCGGAAGUUAUACUGUUCGUUUUUGCAAGAUCUUGGUAUGGAGCUUAAAGUGCCCCAGGUGACGAUAGCAACAGCGAUGAUGUUGUGCCAUCGUUUUUAUUUGCGUCAGUCUCAUGCAAAGAAUGAAUGGCAGACUGUUGCUACUUCUUGUAUGUUCCUUGCUUGCAAAUUGGAAGAAACACCAAGGUGGUUGAGUGAUGUUAUUGUGGUGGCUUAUCAACUAAUGUACAGAUGCGAUCCUUCUGCCCCGCGAAGAAUCAAACAAUUGGAAGUUUAUGAUAGGCAUAAGGAGUUAAUCUUAAUUGGAGAGAGGGUUUUAUUGGCAACAGUUGCUUUUGACUUCAAUGUUGAACUCCCUUACAAGCCACUUGUCACAGCUCUGAAAAGAUUGGAGAUUUCACACAAGGAGCUUGCAAAAGUAGCAUGGAAUUUUGUGAAUGACUGGCUCCGUACAACACUCUGUUUGCAGUACAAACCCCAUUAUAUCGCUGCUGGUUCCCUGUUCCUUGCUGCCAAAUUUCAGAAAGUGAAGCUUCCCACGGAGAAGGGAAAGGUUUGGUGGCUGCAGUUUGAUGUUUCACCUAAGCUAUUAGAAGAGGUCAUCCAACAGAUGCUUGGGUGGUUGGAGCGAAAUCGGAAACAAGCUCCAACGGCACGUGGGAGGGUGACUGAAUCUAAAGCUGUGGUUGGAAAAACAACCUCUAAUAGCUCACAAUCAUGUGUUAUAAAUGGCUCGGUUGCUGCUCAUGAUUCUGGCCAUAGAGCUACUGUGAGUAUUGGAGUAAUUGUUGAAUCUGCAAUGUCCAAGAGCUGCUUGAAUCAAGCCUGCAAUGAUACCCAUAUCCCUGAAAAAGAAAAGUUACAUACUCAGACAAGCGACUGUAGUCGUGCCAAUAGUGUCAUUGAGGAUGGUGAUGGUGAGCCAAGAACGGGGAUAUCUGAUCAGAACUCAAGUUGCAAGAUUGUUUCUCUUCAAAAUGGCUAUAGUAAGAUAUAUGUACAUAAGAUUAGAGAGACAAUAAAGAGGAAGAGAUGGGAUAGAGUUGCUAGGGAGAAGGUCUCAAAUGCCAUGGUUGAAGAGACAGAUAAUGAAACCUGGAUAGAGAGCGAGCUGGAAAGUUUUAAAUCAUUUAUCAAGUAUGUUGCGACACAGUUAUUUGCAAAGAAAAUUUAUGAAAGUAGAUUUCCGAAAAAAAGUCUGUAGAUAGCAACAAGUCAACUAAUAAAACAAAAGGCUGAGAGGUCAACAGCAAUAUAAUACAAAGUUAUUACGCAAAUCAUUAUCAUAUGGAUACAAGGCUUGCUUACUCAUAAGUGAGCAGGAGAUUCAGUUAAUGUAGUUUAAUCAUAAAUAAAUAAAUAAUUGAAGAUAAAGUAUAAAAAAUUACUCUCAAUUUAUAAAUUUUUUCAAUAAAUUCUUUUUAUUCAGAAGAUUUUUUUUUUUUUUUUUCUUUAAAAGAUUUGAAUGUAUGUUGUUUUUCAUUGAAAAGUUAUAUGUUAAUGUUUUCAUAAACCACAGGAUAUUACAGCCGAGACUUUGAACCCAACUACCUCCUAUGUUUUUUUAUUUCCAAAAAUUCACCCAACUACCUCCUAUGUUUUUUUAUUUCAAAAAAUUCUUCUCU